AUGGUUUCUUCGUCACGUUCAUUGAGCGCUGGAUCGCUCAUGCUCGCUUUGUUAGCUUCUCCCGUGGCCGCUGCAAGUUACUCCCUGGUGGAGAACUGGCAAGGGAAGAAUUUCCUGGAUUACUUCAAUUUCCACGUUGGCACCGACCCAACGCAUGGUUUCGUCAACUAUCUUGACAAGGAGUCUGCCGAACGCGCAGGUCUUGUCAAGCUCACCGAUUCGGGCAGUGUAUAUCUAGGAGUCGACCAUGUCACCAAGCUAGAUCCCCACGGCAAUAAGGGCCGUGACUCGGUGCGUAUCGGCAGCAAGAAGUACUACGACAAGUCCUUGGUCAUUGCCGAUAUUGCCCACAUGCCUGGUAGUGUCUGCGGUACUUGGCCUGCCUUCUGGUCCGUUGGCAAGGAGUGGCCCCAGGACGGAGAGAUUGAUAUCAUUGAAGGUGUCAAUCUGCAAGAUCACAAUGAAAUUGUCAUGCACACCGCCGGUACAUGCAGUUUGACGGACACGGAUAUGACAGGUGUUGUCAACGCCACCGGUUGUGGUACGGAUCUGGGCACCGUUGGCUGUGUAAUUGAAGGUCAGCAAGGAAGCUACGGUACAUCGUUCAACAAACAACAGGGUGGUGUGUAUGCGCUCGAGUGGACCGCCGACUUCCUCAAGAUCUGGUACUUCCCCCGGCACGCGAUCCCACCUUCCAUCACCGGCGGCAAGCCCGAUGUCACCAAGUUCGGUACCCCGAUGGCCUUGGUGGAAGAAUCAUGCGAUGUUGCCAAUGCAUUCAAGGAACAGUCUUUCAUUUUCGACGUUACCUUCUGCGGUGAUUGGGCUGGCGGUGUCUUUGGUAGCUCGGGCUGCCCCAUGACCGACACAGAUUCCUUCCAGAGCUGCCACAAUUAUGUCGCCAACCAUCCGGCAGAGUACGAACAGUCCUACUGGGAAAUCAACUCGGUCAAGAUCUACCAGGCCGGUGUGAAGGGUAUUUCUUCUCCUGCUUCGGAGCCCAAGCCUGCUCACCCCAAACCCGCUGAACCCAAGCCUGCUACGACUGAUGCUGCUCCUGCCAACACCCACCCUGAGACCCACGCCACUCACGCCACCCACCACACCGUGCUCUCAGUUUCUUCCAACGAAAUUGGCACUGCUGCGAUCAUCCAGGGAAUGCCUACAACGACAACUGCCCCUACAACCGCCCCUGCGACUGCUCAUGGCCCCGAAGCUACUGCCGAAAACCUCAACACCCAAGCAGCGGAGCUACCUCCUCCCAAGAAGACUCGGACCGUAACCGCUGUCGUCACCGCAACAGAGACAAUCUGUCCCAUGGCCGAAGAGUCUUCUCUUCUUGCCGCCCACACUUCCGCAAAACCUAUCCCAGCGCCGAUCCACACGCACGUACAGGCACACCCCUCUGCAGCUCCUGUCGCCCCUCCCUCCGGCGUCGACGCUGUCCCAGCUAGCAAUGAUCAGGGUAGGGUAGACACCCACCCCCAGCCGGCUGCUCCUGUCGCUACGCAUGGCACAGCCGUGCCAACUUCCGCGGCUGCCGAAGACUUCGGUAAUUCAUGGGCGGCGCCUCCUGCGACUCCCACUGCUGUGGUUUCCACGGUCCCAUAUGAUGCCUCUAAGGCCUCUAAGGCCCUCAUUCCUGCACCGACCAGUGUCUUGCCUGAGUCUGCCACGUCCGCUCCAUCUCCGGUCUCCGUUCCUAGCGCUACAUUUGGCCCUAGCUUCACCGGAGCCGCUGAUCGGCUGUCGCUGAGCGUCUCUGCUCUCUUCUUUGGAUUCUUUGUUGCUGUUCUGCUCUGA